AUGAGCAAGGAGCUUCAAGAACUACGCAAUCAGACCCAUCGCACAGAGGGUCAAUUGGUGGCUGGAUCGAGCUCUGCAUCCGAGAGCAGAUCGCCGGCAUCCCAGGAUGAAGGUGUAGACGACUUUGAGCUCACAUUGUUCACCGUGAGCUUGGGUGGGGUAGUCAUCGAGUCUUCAACUGUGACAGAGGCCUUCAUGGUUUUUGCCGAGUACAUGCGCCCUCGGCUUCCGGUGGUCGCCUCCCUCUCCGCCCAAGCAGCCUACGAGACCCAGCCCCUUCUCUUCUGGACAAUUGUCACAAUUGUGCUCUGUCGCUUACCUGAGCCAGAGAACAUUGCCUUAUUCCAGUUGCUUCGGGCGCCAUAUGAGAGAUUGGUACAGGAGACUGUGACUGACGCGCCACUACCGCUUUACAAAGUGCAAGCUUUGCUACUUCUCUGCAACUGGCCAUUGCCAACGGAGAAACAAUGGAAAGAGCCCAGCUGGCUUUACUGCGGUGUUGCCAUCCAAGCUGCUCGAUACUUGAGUCUUGAUCGUCAACAGACCAUCCCAUCGCUUCGAGUCAUCGGAGUCACAUCGGGGAGCAUUCGGUCAAGAAUCAACACUUGGCUGUCUUGUUUCAGUGUGUCAACAUCACUGAGCUUACACCUGGGUCUUCUUUGUCCUAUCGAAUCGGAGCUGGACUUUGCUGCUAUUCAUGCAUUCCUAAAACGACAAACUGUACCGCCAGCCUUUGCGAUCGAAGUACGCAUCCAACUAGUCGUCGCAAAAUUUACACCGCUACUCAACCAUGAGCUGGCAGACGGCACGAGCUCAUCAUUCCUUCGCUUGUUUGACACUGAACUUGAUGCGAUAAAGAACGAGAUACUUCCGGAUGAAGAAACAAAAAGCAUAAUUGAAUACGCAAUUCUAGACGCCAAGAUACACAUAUAUACACUUGUAAUCACAAAAUCCCCAGCAAAUUCAUCCUCUCGCCAGAUCCUUCUUCGAACAGCACGCGAUAUCGCUCUUCGAAUAGUCGAAAUUGGAACACGAGCUAUCCGUAGCAACCCCGAAAACACCACUUUCAUCCGACGCGAGAAAUGCCAACCGAAAGAUCGCCAUAGAUGUCUGGGCUUCUCCACAAUCUUCCUCCUCAAAUUCUUCAUCCGCCAGAGUUCAGACAGUCCCGAACAGCGACAAAUAGUGGCAAACCAUGUCGCUAUGACACAAACGUUGUGUAGAGCAUGUACGAUUGAUCCAAAAGAUGAGUUCAGUCGUAUCGUAAGUGUGUUUGAAGCGCUUGGACGGGAGAGUUCAAACGAGGAGGAUAAAACGAACGGGGAAGAUACGAGGAAAGCCUGUUGA